CCGUGCGCAUCGAAGGUAUUAUGCCUGUUGUUCCGUUCCUACCUGCUUUCCGUAUAUUCUCGUUUCCUUGCUUCCGUGCAAUUGCUACAAUCCUCCAACGGAGGCACUAAAAACCACAAUGGCCGCGACCUGACUUCUUCAAACUAAGCGUGUCGUGCAUGAUUACGCGAAAACAAUCCUAAACCAAAACAUAAAAACUCUUACGACGCAGUUUAAUUUGCGUGUGUGGCGUGUGUGUGUGUUCAGUGUUGAGGAAAAAAGUCGCGACAACUUGAAAGACGGAGAUCAUGAGCGAGGAUAGAAGCGAAGAAGAUCCCAUAAUGGAUCUCUGGUAUAGUAAUUGGGAACAACAGUGCGUCGAGGCGCUGGAGGCGGAGCCGGAUUAUGAAACUCAGCUCCACAAUGAGAAAGAACUAUACUCCCAGCAAAUGUGGAUAAGCUUCCAGACCACGGCGUCGGCCAUCGCCCAGCUGUACAAAGAUCGAACGCAGGGCGUCUCGCUAUGGCUGCCCUUCCAGACUGCCGCUGGGACUGUCACGUCAUUGUACAAAGAUUCUGUGGAUAGUAUGCGUCGAUGCAGUGAACUGGGUGUAGAAAUGGGGCGUCAAAAGCGUAGCAAAGAAAUAAUGAACUGGGCAAGGAAAAAGAGACGCAUGAUUCGCAGAGAAGACCUCUUAGCUUAUCUUGCUGGAAAACCGCCUCCACCACGACCACAUUCGCACAGGAGUUCGCCUAAACCACGGAUGAUGGUGUGUGGUUCUCCACCAUCACAGAGUGCCACACCAAGUAUGGUGAUGGCUCCUACAGCCACAGCUGGAAACGACCCUGAUCCUGAGUUACACACAUUUAGAGAAGCGAUUGCACUAUCUGGUUCACCGAUGUCCCGCCGCACUGGGAGGCAAGCAGAGUUGUCUGCGUUCAUUUCUAGUGAAUUCGCUCGACACCAUAAACGGCCAGCCUCGCACGACGUGGACAUGGGCUCACCCACGCACAAACGUUCGCGUUUCAUGUAACGGCGCGCUACAUGAUGUAAAUCUUCUCCCUCGUUCUAACCCCCUAAUCAACACCUAAUUAACGGAAGACUUUUUCCACACGUAAUUUCCAAUUUACGCCGUAAACUUUCCCAAUUUUCCACAAAAUUGGUUAUAAAAAAAGUCCCUUUACACCAAACCUAAUACAAAAGGUGUUCCGAACAUUGCGAAGAGGUCUACAAAAAAUCCACAGAACAAUGCGGGCGGUUGCGAGGGAGAUCUUUGUAGAAUAUUCUUUGAUAAUCCCAAAGGAUCGCUUAGACUCUGAUUAAUUUACUAUAAUAUCGUUACGAUUGGUCUAAAGAAAUCGUAGAAAUCUUUUGUCCGACGGAAGGAUCAUUUUAUACAGUUUUUUUUUGUUGUCGAACGAAGAGAAAAUUGUAAAUUCUAAUCUUCCCCAACAAUCAGAGAAUUUUGUUUCCGUUGUACGAUAAAAAAAGAAUCCUUUUCGAUAAUAAUAUAUAUUAUAACAAUAAUAACAAUUCUUUUCGUUCACUAAUUAGCGCUUUCGACAAAUGAAUCCACCUAACGAACCAAUCAACAACGCUUGUACUGUUAUUUUUUUAUUAAUUAUGCUUCGUCCCUUUUCUUCUUCGCUGUUUGUAAAUAUAGCAUAAUCUACUAAGCGUUGUUGGUUCGUUUACUUUCCGUGAAGAUUAAUUAUGCAAAAGAAUGAUUUGAUCUUGAAUUGUAUAAUUAGUAAACUGGCUCUCGGAGGAAAUUUAAUAAUAAAGAAUUUUGUUUCGACGAUG